AAAUAUAUGGGUGUUUUCAGAGGGUAAGGCAGAGGGUUUUGAGAAAGAAAGUGGGAAAUGAUGGGAAGGCCACCCUGUUGCGAGAAAGUGGGCGUGAAGAAAGGGCCAUGGACUCCCGAGGAAGAUAUCAGCUUGGUUUCUUACAUUCAACAACAUGGACCUGGUAACUGGAGAUCCGUUCCAACCAACACUGGCCUGCUAAGAUGCAGUAAGAGCUGCAGGCUGAGAUGGACUAAUUACCUCCGCCCAGGCAUCAAGCGUGGCAACUUCACUGAUCAUGAAGACAAGAUGAUAAUUCACCUCCAAGCUCUUUUGGGCAACAGAUGGGCAGCCAUAGCUUCCUACCUUCCCCAAAGAACGGACAACGAUAUAAAGAACUAUUGGAACACCCACUUGAAAAAAAAGCUGAAAAGGGUGCAAUCAGGGACUGAUGGUGGUGCCCAAGAUCGGUUCACACCCUCACAGACCAGUACACUCUGUAAAGGGCAGUGGGAAAGAAGGCUCCAAACGGAUAUUCACACAGCCAAAAGAGCUCUUUGUGAAGCUCUAUCCCUUGACAAACAAAACCCAUUUGGAAUCAUAGAGGAUUCAAAACCCCAAACUGACAAUCCGAUCCUCCAAUCACCGCCGCCGCCGCCGCCACCAACAACAACUACUUCCCCAUAUGCAUCAAGCGCUGAGAACAUCGCCAGAUUGCUUGAGAAUUGGAUGAAGAAGUCACCAGAAAAGUCAUCAGAAAUUACAACACAAGCUUGCGUGAGCGAGGGAUCACAGAGUGCAACAAAUUGCAACAACUCACCAGAUGGGCCCACCUUGGAUGAUUCCAGCUGCUUUUUGAAUUUCAACAAUACUUCUUCAACCUCAACGGCAAAUCAAGAAGUCCCUCUUACUUUUCUGGAGAAGUGGCUGUUUGACGAUGCAGCUUUGGCUAAUGUUCAUGCCGAUCAGGACUUCGUUAGCGUGUCAUUAGAAGCUCAAACUGAAGGUUUGUUUUAAUUUUGGUUAAAUUAGCAAUGUUGCGUCUUUGGUUUGCACAGCUUCUA